AUGCUUCGAGGACUCCCGCUCCGGGGGCUUACCCGAACCCCACUUAUCGCUCAUCGCAGCCGUCACCUGGGGUCUUAUAAACUGUCCGAUGCUACGGUGGAAACUGAUGACAUCAUCACCGAAAACAACCCGUGGUCGCCAACGUUGUACACCGACGUGGUGCGGUAUAAGCCGCGAGGGCGAUGGCUGCGGACCCAGGCUCUCCCCGAUAACUACCGACUUUCGUACCAAUCGCUUUAUGAAGCUCCCGGUUCAAAGUACGUGUCGCUCUUGAGAAGACUCACGAUCUCGUUCGCGGUGUUGGGAGCGUACGGGGCUAAACUCUUCUAUGAGCUGGUACAGUUUGACGACAUUUACGCCCUUUUCACGCUUGUGGGCACGAUAUCGCCCGCAGCAUUUGUCCAGUAUAAGACCAAAGACUACGUCACUCGGAUAUUCCGUCUCUACGAUAAGGACAAGCCGCAGACGUUGGACAACUUAGUCAGCGACGAACGGCUCGUGAUGGAGAAAUUGCUGCCGAUGGGGCUGAGAACGUACAACGAGGUACUCCAAGUGUCUGACAAUACACUGCUUCAGUUCCAGAAGCCGCUGCACGGGUGGCUUGUGCCCUUAGCCACGUGGAAAGAAGUCGACCCCGAGACCAACCGCAAACGCGCCUAUUACGUGGUUGACAACAUUGGUGGCAUCAAAAUGGACCGCCUUUGGGGAAUCGUCGAACACAACCUGGGCGUAAACCACGGGCGCUACAUUGACCCUGCUACUAAUGAGCGUUUACCAGAUGAUAAAUUAUAG